CUUGAUUUUGGAAAUUUGGCAGCCUGAUGCAGGCGAUUAUAGCAAUCAAUGCGAGGCAUCACCCUCGGCAUCAUGGAUUGAGGUAUAUAUAUCACCUCUGAAUCGUCUCGUCGCCUAAGAGCCCACCACCUCAACCCACUAGUAUAAAUUCAGCGAGCAUAAAUCUCGGCGACUUUCCUACCUUCUCCACAAGAUAACAACAUCCAUUCCACCGCUCAUAUUAUUCAGAAGUCUGUCUCAAUGGGGAAAUCAGGAUCAAGAACCACUAACACCACAACACUCACCAAUGCCUCGCCCACCAUCCGCCGCUCCGCACUAAUCGAGUGCUCUCUGUCCAACCUCACCCCCUCGGACUCUAUCACCCGGAGCGCUCUCACGGCAGUCACUAUCAGUGGACUGAAUAGCAUCGACAACCCCACAUCCUCAACCUCAGCGUCCACUGCCGCCCCAGCCUGUACAUUCCAUCCAUCAACGACGAGCAUCAGCCGCUCCACCUGCACCACCUGCACCAUCACUCACUCCCACCUUCACCACUGCAUCUUCGCCAACUGCGCCCUCGCCAACGUCUCCUCCAGCAAAUUUGUGCAGGCCGACCACUGCACGCUGGAGAAUAUCAUCUCGCUCCGACGAUGCACGAUCCGCGACUCGAUCAUCGGCGAGUGGUCGUGGAUGACGCGAUGCGAGGUGAGAGCCUCGAGGAUCGGAGGCGGGAGUGCCCUGCGGCGAAGUACCAUCAGUGACUGUCGCGUGACGGGCAGCCGUGUGAAGAAGGCACGGCUCGUUAACUGCGAGGUUGAAGGGUGUGUGAUUGUCAAUACUGAGCUCAAGGGGGUAGUGGCCAAGAAUGGGGUUUGGAAGAAUGGAAGCUUGGUAGGCAGGGUGGAUCAGAGUCUGGAUGUGGUGAUUGUGAGCAGGGAUGGGAAGGAUGAGAAUAUUGAUAACUCGGUCGGGGCGAAGGGAAUAGUAGCUGAGAAAAGGCGCACCGAAAGGGAUCUGGUUGAGAGUAGUGACGACGGUGCUGAAAUCGAGGAAUGGGAAAGAAAUGAUCGCAGACAAAUCUGGGAACUUCAGGCGACGGAGCCGCCGCCUCCCUAUACAGUUUGAGACUAUUGAGGUCGAUUGACUGCGCUCUACAGGCUACAAGCGACUUGUUAUGGCAACUGAACCUGAGUAGCUUCGUGCAUUGAAGCUCUGGGUUCGUGGCUUGCUGAUCGUGGUCUGAGACAGCCACUUACUCGUAGCAGAUUUUCUUUCUAGCAGAGUGAUGACUAUCAGCUUGGGUCUUGUUCAGUCUCUGGAAGGAUGAUUUUUAGGUUGUGGUGCCAGGUACUACUCAUUCAUAGCCCCGAUACCUCAGGUAGUCCACAGUGACAGCUAGACAUUUGGAAAUGGCCCAGAGCAGUAUAUCUUCCAGAGUCCGGGAUCAGGAAAUCCUUCGUUCGAAGAGCUGAAUUGAAACCUUUCAAUCAUAGACAAUGUUC